AUGCCUACAGCAAUGGAAAUAGAUACCAAAAUGGAGAGAUUACCUGUUCUGGUAGAGAAGCCGAUUCCUCUUGAAUUCGACAUGGGCAAUCUCUGCGCUUUCGAUACCAACCCCCUCGAUCCUGCAGCCUAUAAAGAAUCCCUUGAGCAAUGUCUCCAGGAAGCAGCUCGUGACGGUGCACAAGCGCUCAUCAACCAGGUCUUAACCACGAUUACGCUAAAGAGCACUCCUGAUGGCGUAUACGCUGAGCUACCGGAACCAGUGACGCCACUGCCCAGAGAGAAGCCGAUUCCAAAGGCGAAGGAGCCCACGAAGUGGGAGCUAUUCGCCAAGAAGAAGGGCAUCAAGGCCAAAGAGAAGGAUGGCAAGCUCGUCUACGACGAGGAGAAGGGCGAAUGGGUUCCUAAAUGGGGCUACAAGGGUAAAAACAAGGAUGGCGAAGGGGACUGGAUCGUUGAAGUCGAUGAGAAGAAGCAGAAAAAGAGGACCGGCGAGGAGGAGGAUGUGGACCCAAGAUCUCUGAGCCGUGCAGAGAGGAUAGAAAGAAUCAAGAAAAAUGAGAGGCAAAUGAAGAAGAAUGAGAAGAGGGCUGUUACUGGUGGAAAAGUAUGGGCUCCGAAGGGUGCUGGUGUCAAGAAGAGGUAA